AUGAACUGCUACUCCAGCGGCCUGACCAACACUGGUCAACAGUCACCACUGACCAUUCCCCGAGACCAAUGGGGAAUUGCCAGCUCGAGUAAUGCACCCGGGGUCGCAGUAUGCUGUUCUCUUUGCGGCGCAUGGAGGGUUGUCCCUGUUAUGGCAUCCUCCAAUCUGUUUCGCCCAGCGACGUACAUGCCAAGUCAACUAGACUCUGACUCAAAUUUUAUGUUUCCGCCCCUUAGCGAAGUCCUCCAACCCUUGAAUUUCGGCCAAACAAAUAAUUUUACCCCGUCCGUCAACGAAGUCAUGCAGCCACUGCAAUCCAGUCAACAAACUGGUUUUUUUCAACCUCUCAAUGAAGUCCUUGAACCCAUGGGCGACCUCGCUCAGUUUAACAACACUCCCUCGUUGUCGACAGGUAACCCCAUCCAGACACCAUACAUGCCCCAUCCGACCAUUUCAAACGACGUUCCAGACAUGGGCGACUUGCCAAUACAACCACAAGCUGAUUGGCCCGUAUACUCUAAUCAGGACAUCACUAGCCCUGCCUCUAUACCGCAAAGCCGCUCUCCGACUAAAGGUAUAAGUGGUGUUCAAGAGGAUGGGACAUACCCGAAAACAGUGUCUGCAGCGGCAUCGGAAGACACCUUGCAGGCGCUUUUGGACCCUGAUGAGGCAGAUACGGAAGAUGGAUUGGAUUCACUGACAGAAAUAGAGCGCUGUGUUGUUCAUCUCAAGCUGGAAAAUUGGACCUGGCAAGCCAUCACGGAAGAGGUCAACAAAAUGGGAGACAACGUCAAGAAAGCGACACUAACCGUAAGGUUUCAAAGACUCAAACAGCGAAACAAGGCCGUUGCGAGACUUUUCACGCAUCACGAGAGGACCGGUGAACAGUCGCAGAAGAUGGUUCAAUCAGCGAAGAAGAAACAAAGGUCAAAGAAAGGGAAAGGACACGUUUCAGCCAUGAUAGAUCCGCUGUAG